AUGACCAUCGCUGGUAUUCUGCAGAAACCCUUGUGUGCGUCCGUCAGUGGCAGAUGCCUGUCGGAUCAGCCGCAGAACCUGUGCGGCUCCCCCGGCGUGGUGAUGUCGGCUGAGGUGAGGCCGCGGCGCACACGCGCAGCGCGCAGCAUGUCGUCGCGCAGGGCUCGACGCGCCAGCCUGACGACGAUGGUGCGUGGGCGCGGCGACGCGGCCGCGCGCGGCGCACCGGCGCGGUUGCGCCGCGAGAGGCCCACCCGAUCCGCAAAUACGACGUCCCGGUGCAGGCAGUUCGGAGAUUUCCAGAUCGUUAUGCAGACGCUCGUUCAAUUGUCGGUAAUGGUGUUUUCGAGCUUCUUCUCCACAUUGCCGGGAGAUUUUGCUUCGCGAUUCUACGUCAGAUUC